GACAUCAAAACUGAGGAAACCAAGUAUGAUCCCUCGCUCCGUCCUCUAAAUCCCAACUACGAUCCAGCUUCUGCUAAAAUCAUCCUUAACAACGGACACUCCACCAGUGUUGAGUUUGAUGACACCGUCAACAAAUCAGGUUCAUUCCAACCGAAUCGCUCAAGUCUCUUAUCUGACUUUAGCUGCAGGUUUGGUUAUGUAUAUUUUUCCCUUGGACUUCUUGUGUCAGGAAAUGCCAACACAGAACAAAUGAAAUAUAGCCUAAGUGAUCCCUUUUCUUCUCUGAAAAGUGUUAUUGUCCCAGUCUUUUCUAGGAGUAUGUAGCUUCCCUUUCUGCAAGCAAUAAUUCUUAUAAAUAAGUUCUCUGGUUUAGCAUAGACUCUGUAAUGUUAGUGCCUUUGUCUUUAAAACCUUCUCUUGGAUGGGAGGCAAGCUAGCACACCUCCCCUUGAAACUGUAGGAGUGAGAUUCUACGAGCAAUGAAAUCCUCUUGUGGUUGCGUGAGGGUUAGCUGAGGAUCCAAGCCCAUAUGGUGCAUUCACAAGGGUCAAAGCCAGAGGGGGACUAAUUUGUGAUCACCCUGUCCAUUAGUCCUGAGGAACUAUUCGCUUAUAGUAGCAACAGGGAGAGACGUAGAUGGAGACAACAUCAUACUUUGCUUUCCUGGACAGUCUUAGUUUAAUUCUUAAAUUUCCUGUUGAUACAAGCAACAUUGGGUGUUGCCUGAAAGCCAUCAGCUGACCAUCAGUGAUCUGGUCUGACCUCGUGUGUGUCAGACGCCACAGGACUUCCCAGAAUUAAUCUCUGCUUCAAGCCUAGUAGGCGUGGGUGAACUAAAGCACAUGUCUUAGAAAAACAUACAAUUUUGAUUUCAAAAUUUCCAGCGAUGAUGAACCUACCACAGCCUUUGGUAAGUUGUUCUACUUGUUAAUUACCCUCACAGUUAAAAAAAUAGAAAUCAUGCUUUAUUUCUGGUGUGAGUUAGAUCAACUCAGCCUUUAAACUCCUUUUCCUUUUUUUUUUUUUAAAAAAAAGUAAUAAAUAUGAAUAUGAAUACACCAAGAACCUCUUCCACUUUCUAACGCCAUCCGUGAUGUGACAGGGCCUGAACAUAGUAUUUUUGUAGGCUUACAAUGGCACCAAAGCAGUGGUAAUGUGAUCCUCUUCUUACUGCUUUCCUCAGGCCAUAUCUUCUAGGAUAUAAUUCAUGUCAUGGCAAAGCACUGAGAUGUUGAUCAGAUAAUUAACAAAUGUAAUCCCUAGUCUCCUUCAGGAGACUCUGUAUCUUCUAUGUAUGGACUAGAUCCUUCAGUCCAUAUACAUGGCUUUACAUUUUGGCCAUUAUCAUGCCUCACUUAUCAAAGAAUUCAAAUCCUUCCAUAUCCAUAAACUGAGUUAUUCACUAUUUUCCCUAAUAUUUGUCACUGACAAACUUUAUUAGUAAUGUUUUUGUUUUCUUUCAGGUCAUUGAUCAAAAAAUACUGAAUUUUCUAGGGCCAAAAUUUGGCCUCUGGGGCAUCCCUGUGAAUGCUGACCGGGGGGCCCCUCAGUGGGACCUACAGGCUGCGCCAGAUUCACUUCCAUUGGGGGUCCAGUGACGAAGCCGGCUCCGAGCACGCGGUGGAUGGGAUGAAGUACGCAGCAGAGCUUCACGUGGUCCACUGGAACUCAGAAAAGUAUUCCAGUUUUGUUGAGGCAGCUCGUCAGUCAGAUGGAUUAGCAGUCAUGGCUGUAUUUCUGAAGAUUGGUGAAUGCAACCCCCAGCUGAAGAAGAUUACUGACCGCUUGGACACCAUCAGAAUCAAGGGUAAAAGAGCACUAUUCACAAACUUCAAUCCUAGCUGUCUGCUUCCCAAGUCCCUGGACUACUGGACUUACUUUGGCUCUCUCACUGUUCCACCUCUUCUUGAAAGUGUCAUCUGGAUUGUUCUGAGAGAGCCCAUAAGCGUUUGUUCUGAACAGCUAGCCAAAUUCCGCAGCCUCCUGAGCACUGCUGAGGAUGAGGUCGCCUCCUGCUUGCUGAGAAACUACCGGCCUCCCCAGCCUCUAAAGGGACGAGAAGUCAGAAGGAAUUAAAGGAGUAAAGCCAGAGUAGUCUCCCUCUGAAACCAAAGGCUGAAUUAAUUUUAAUAGUUAAUAUACUUCCUGGUUUGGUUUUGGUUUUUUUUUUUUGUAAGUUGCUGUAACAAAUAGGUGUUGUUUUGUAAUUGGUUACUAUGCAGCCAUUUCUCACAGACAAGCACGUCCUGAGUUGUUGCAGGCUCUUCAAUGUUAACAGGUCUGACUGUGUUUGAGUGCGUUGGUUUGGGAGCAUCGAGGCAUUAGUGUUGCAGGCACAGAGGGCAGCGCUAAUCCUAAGAGUCAGAUGUGGAGAAGGAGUUGUCCAGAAUUUGCCACUAAAUUACUGAACAGGAUUCCUGACAUUAAUGGCCUUAAAGGAUCUUCUGGGAUUAUUCUUCCGGUCUCUAGCUUAACAUUUAUCUUCUAUAUAAGACUUCAAACUGUAAUUCUCAAGAAAAAAAUAUUUCAAGGCUGAUGUAGUUUCAUUGCUGUCUUCUGCGAUACCAUGGUUGCCUUCCUACAAAAAGCAGUAAUGACUAGCAGCAUUUAAGUAAAACAGAUGUUUAUGACCCUGUUGUUCUGACUGCUUCAUAGCAGUAAUGAUGUACUGACUGAACUUUUUAAAAAAAGCAAAUAGUAAAGAUUUUGUAUAUUGUGGGAUCAUGUCAGGUGGAUUAGGUAUUCCUGAAUUCCACCACGUAUACUGAUGAAAUUGUCCUGACACCUGAAAACUGCAAAGUGGAAGGGCAUAAAGGGAACUGUUCGUUCAUGCCUAAACUCAGGCUGAGGCUGUUGCAUUUGGUGAACAAUAAGGGACUGUAACGCUAUAUCCAUGUAGCAUCAGACUCCUACCACUUAAAAUCAGGAGGCAGGGGUAGCUGUUGCUCCAGACUGUUUCAUACUAGACACAUGGCAUGCUGCAGUGUACACAUGCUGCACACCUCACAUCUGGUAGCGGAGCACAGCGCUACUCCGGUAUGGAAUGUCUCCUAGGUACUGGCUGAAGUUCUGCUGUCACAGCUGAACUUGGGUGGUUGCACUCACAUUCCAAGACCAAAGAUAGCAUUUAGAGUGAGCCAAAGAAAUCAGAAUCAAGUCAAUACCUCAUAAAAGAUCAGUCCUGAACAGCAGUGCAUUGAAAUGUCUGCCUUUAUGAAUUGACUUGAGCCUGUGUUCCUCCCAAGAGCUUUUGUUAUCUGAAUAUGUUUGUUUUAUGCCAAAUUUAUUUUUACUAUAUUUAAUUAACUUGUCAUAGGCUGUAGGUUAGUAUAGGAUUAGAUUUACCCUCAGACUCUGAGAACUACAACUGAAAACCAGUGAUACCUGAAAAAGGCAGCUAAAGGUUUCAUGGGCAGUGACUACCACCAACCUCUGUAGUACUGACCAAACUCAUCUUCCACGACUGCUCUCCAUAAAUUUGCUUUUUCAUAGGUUUUAUAGACUAUGCCUCUUGCCUCAACAGGUCUCUUUUUCUCAGAUGGACAAAUAUGAGGGAAAUAACAAGCAGGAUUGACUUUAUAUACCCUCUCACAACUGAAAAAAAUAGGCAUAGAGACAUAGAUAUUUUAGCUUAGUUUAAGAUAGGUGGAUUUUUUUUGUUUUCUCCUCCCCAGAAUACAGCUACUAUUGCUGCAAGGCCUGUCAAUGCCUUCUGAAUGUUUUCUGAAGGGAAGAACAUAAAUAGACCAUGGAAGAAAUAAAAGAAAUUUGGCAGCGGCAGCAGGUACAAGUAUUAACCAAAGGGGAAAAACCUGCAGGCACUUCUUUUCUGGCACAGGGAGAAGAACGCAGCUGAAAAGACCUCAGGCUGCUCCUUUCUGAAUGAGGAUGUCUGGAAAGUGUGCAUGGAGAGAGUGGGAGUGUGUUGCGUGUUUUCACACCCUUUUUUAGAUUAGUGUUGGAUCUGAUAUGUUUCCCUGUCAUGUGAGUAGCUGCAGAACACAAACAAAAUGUUUACAAAUUGCAUGAAGGUUUCAAAGUUUGUUUGCCUGAGAAGAGAAAGUAAUAAGGCUACUGCGUCAUAUCAGAAAAAAAAAGUUUUACAUGUUUUUUUAUAUAUUGAAAACAGAGGAGUUGAUCCAGUGCUUUAAUAUUUAUAAGGACUUUUUCAAAAUAAAAAAUGGAUUUUA